ACAGGGACAGAUCAACAAUAUCAUCCCACUCCGUUUACAGCACCUGUAGGUCUGUGUAGUAUCUACCUGUCCGUCUACUCAGGCUAUAUUCUCUCUCUCUCUCUCUCUCUCCCACACACACACCUUGAUUUUCUCUGCACUAUUGUCCUCACAACUCCGUCUCAGUUCAUCUCCGCAUAGAGCAUCCAGAGAUCGAAUCUGUCUAAUCACCUCUGAGAGUUGCACAGUGUUACAGUCCCACAACCCCCCCGCUAUGUGUGUGCCACAGGAAGACACACACCGGCUGCUCUGCAAACCAAACCUCCAGCCACUGCUUGACACGCGCAGCACAGACACACACACACUCACAUGCCCAGAGCGCUGCAAACUAACCCCCCUCUCCCGUCCGAAGUGAACAGGCUUCCGCAAGGCAGCCCCGCUCAGAGAGGGAGACCCCGGGACGCUCCGAGGGACACAGCAGGUGUGGAGACUCUGCCCAUGGCUGACAAGAGCUUCAUUGAGAAACCCGAGCCCUUCCCGCAGAAGGAGGAGGCUUUGGAGUGGGGCUACGAGGAAGGAGUCGAAUGGGGCUUGAUCUUUCCUGAUGCUAAUGGAGAAUACCAGUCUCCUAUUAACUUGAAUUCAAGAGAAGCCAAAUAUGACCCCUCACUACUAGAAGUACGUUUAUCACCAAACUAUGUUGUUUGCCGUGACUGCGAAGUAAUUAAUGAUGGGCAUUCCAUUCAAAUUAUCCUUAAGUCAAAAUCAGUGUUAGUAGGUGGUCCAUUACCUCGGGGACAUGAAUUUGAACUACAUGAUGUUCAGUUUCACUGGGGGAGAGAAAACCAGCGUGGCUCUGAACACACUGUUAAUUUUAAAGCUUUUCCCAUGGAGCUCCAUCUAAUCCACUGGAACUCUACACUGUACAGCAGUAUUGAUGAGGCAGUGGGGAAGAAGCACGGGAUAGCUAUCAUUGCUCUGUUUGUGCAGAUAGGAAAGGAACAUUUAGGUCUAAAGGCCGUAACUGAAGUUCUCCAGGACAUCCAGUACAAGGGGAAGUCCAAAACAAUACCCUGUUUUAAUCCCAACUCUUUAUUACCAGAUCCUCUUCUACGUGAUUAUUGGGUAUAUGAGGGCUCCCUUACCAUCCCUCCUUGCAGUGAAAGUGUUACCUGGAUAUUAUUUCGAUAUCCAUUGACUGUAUCCCAACUGCAGAUAGAAGAGUUUCGAAGACUGAGGACACACGUUAAAGGUGCAGAACUUUUAGAAGGCUGUGAUGGGAUGUUAGGAGAUAACUUUAGACCAACUCAGCCACUUAGCGACAGAGUCAUCAGGGCUGCAUUCCAGUAGCAAAAGAAGAAACAACAAUGAAAACAAAGCUUUAUUCAGGACUCCAGUCACCAAUGAGUCGUUUUAGUGUUACAGAGCUCCACUCCUUGAGACUGAUAAAGAUGGAAGAAAAUGACCUCGUCUCAAAGGAGGAUUGUUUCAUUUGGAUCUCCUCUGUCCUCUGUUAAAAUGUUACUCUUUUACUCCAAAUGCUGCAUGUUUAGUUAGGCACAGCCAAUGCAUGCAGAAGAGGAUGCUGAAUAUUUGGCCUUUUCAUGGCUAAUGUUAAUCUGUUGUUCCAUUAAUUAGAGUAGUUAUGAUUGUU